ACCAAAGGAAACCGUUCUUCUGAAAGAGAGAGGUGGAGGAAGCGAGAAGGAGGCAGGACAGUAGUGCUCUCGAGCUCUCCCGGAUUUCCACCUGACUGCUCGGGAAGCGGGAUUCUGGGACGGGCAGAAUGUUGAGUUUGGGGAGCGGAGGAGCGAAGUCCUCUAAACCGUCAUUUGUGUCUUAUGUGACUCCCGAGGAAAUAAAAUUGGAGAAAGACCCGCAGAAGAAAGAAAAACAUCCUGAUUUGCUACCAGGCGAAGUGGUGUUCUGUGGUGCCAAUCCCAUUCUCAAAUACACUCAAGAUGACCUCUCCCAGCGUGGUGUCUUUGGCACCUUGCUCUGCACCAAUUUUCGUGUUACAUUCAUCAGUGAUGACGCACCACAGGAGGAGAUGUCCAAGACCUUCAAGAACAAACUCUAUGGUGAAAAUGACAUUCCAUUAAUGUGUGUGGAUCACAUCUAUGGUGUUUAUGAUGAAAAGAGGAAACUGAUAACAGGAGGCCUUGUGAAGAACAAAUAUCCAUCCAAAAUGAUCAUUCACUGUAAAGAUCUUCGAGUCUUUCAGUUCUGUUUAACAUUCACCAAGGAGGAAGAUGCCAAAAGGAUCUUUCAGGGAAUUACUCACCAUUGUUUGGAGGAAAAAUCUCUGAAGUGUGUUUUUGCCUUUUCUUAUUCAAGGGCACUGAACCCAGACCAUGGCAAAUCUUCCAGAAAGUUCCUUACACGGCUAGAUAGCAAAUCUGAAAUGCUGAGAAAACGAGAGGCAAUUAUGUUCGACUCACCAGAGGAUUGGACCCAGGAAAUGAAACGGACCAAAGCACAAUGUAGAUUAGUCACUGAAAAUGAGAACUUUGAACUCUCUCAAAGGUUGCCACAGUACUUUGUCAUCCCAUCAGCACUGGGUGAUUUAUUCAGCUAUCAAGGGAAGGGAUUGCCAAUCUGGUGCUGGUCUCAUCACAGCGGUUGUGCUCUCUUCAAAGCAUCUUUUCCAUCAAUGACACAGGAAGAUGGGGAUUUUCAAAGCCACUUGGACACAAUGAUUACUGCAGUCGCACGUAACUACCUUUAUUCAGUAAAAACAGAAGACCUCUCUGAAUCACUUCCUACUCUCCAAGACAUCCAGCAGUCAUAUAACAAGUUCAAACAAUUCUUUCUCAUCGAUAAUGCAACAGAUUUUUGGCUAUCAGAUGUUAAAUGGUUCUCUUCACUUGAGAGCUCAGGAUGGCUGGACAUUAUUAGACAAUGUCUCCAAAAAGCAGUAGAGGUGGUGGAAUGUCUUGAAAAAGACAACACAAAUGUUCUUAUAACAGAGGAAGAGGGGACAGAUCUGUGCUGUGUGAUCUCCAGUCUGGCUCAGAUAAUGCUGGACCCGUAUUACAGAACACUGAUGGGUUUCCAGAGUCUGGUGCAGAAGGAGUGGGUGGCUGGUUGCCAUGCCUUCCUGGAUCGAUGCAAUCACCUCCAUCAGAAAGACAAGGAGUGUCAUUCUCCAGUCUUCCUCCUGUUCCUGGAGUGCGUGUGGCAGCUUGUUCAGCAGCACAGCCCGGCUUUCCAGUUUUCCGAAACCUACCUGACUGUGCUAUCUGACAGUGUUCAUGUGCCAAUCUUCAGCACCUUUCUCUUCAACUCUGCUCAUCACAGAGAAAGUGUAAUGAAGGCAGAGUCACCGAUUGCACAAAGCAGGCCAUUGAGCUGCCCUACAGUGUGGGACUGGUCGGUGCAGUUUGACAGCAAGGCCCAGAAUUUCUUCUUUAACCCUCUGUAUUCAGAGAAGGUGAAACAUGAGAGAACUGUACGUAGACUUCACAAACCCAAGCACCAAAGGCAGUUAUCCUUGCCCAGCACAGCUUUCAAAACCCCACCCAAGAAAGGCUUCUUCAAGGAUGAGACCGACAGCCUUAAGAAGAUGCUCAGAGUAAAGCGUAUCAGUCGCUGGAUGGGUUCUCCAGACUCUCCCGUUGUCGCCAGCAGAGAGUUUUACGAGUCCUGGCAGCAGCGUCCCCUGGACUAUCAUGGGCUCCUGCUGCCCUCUCUGGACGGACCGUCUGUCCGCAUCUGGAUGCAGCGCUACCUGCGCUGGAUCCCUGAAGUGCACAUCAUGGGCGGAGGCUCGGUGGCCAUCAUGACCAAGCUGAUGGAGCUGCUGAGUCAAGUGGAGGAUCUGAAGCAUGUGCUGCAGCAGAGAGACCCAUCGCUGGCCACUCAACCCGAUCACCCUCCACCCCUUCAGCAACGGCUGCCCUCAUUCGGCUCCUCUGGAAGACUUUCAUCCUCUUUCCCCUUCACUUACAGCAACAACCGAUCCUUCAAACCAAUCAUUCCCACAGGUCUGAUGCAAAGCCUUAUGGUGGCCGAUAAUCUGGCCAAUCAGGAGGACGAGGCCAGUUAGGCUGAGAGUUUGGUUUAAUAGGGAAUCUGUUUCCAUCCACACCAUAUGUUAAGCAUUUAAUGAUUAUAUUAUUUAAUAAAUAUAUUAAUAGGUAGAUAGAGGAUUAAAGUGGCCUUGAUGGCGCAUAAAGUGCCUUCAGUGCUAAAGCGGGUCUUUUUUGGAAGUAAAACAGGCUUUUGUUGAACUAAAUGUGCCCUACUGUAUUGAAAACAUAUUAUGAGAAUUCACACAGGAUGUAAACUUUUCUUUUUUUGUGGAAGUUUUUUUAAGAACAGUACCUAGUAUUUUCCUCUUGCUCAUCACAAAACAGGAACAGGAUACAGGCUUGAACUUCCAGGCUUUCCAUUGUGCAAAGUGUUACUUAAAAGGGAUAUCGGAAUAGCUGUUGUCAGUUUACUCUCCCUCAGAUCAUUCAAGAUGGACGCUUUUUCUUUCUUCUUUGAUAGAGCUAAAUAAGAGCAUUUUUACCUGGUAAUAAUGUGGUCCUUGGUGACUCCUAAAGUGCAAGUCAACAGCUUCCUGUACUUUGAGAUGUUAAAAAAAACAUACGGGAAAAUGUAAAUUUAUAAAUUUAUUAUUGAUCAUUUGUUAAGAACAGGAAUUUCUGCUCCAGAGGCACUCAGGUUGGUUUUUCAAGGAUGUGGAAAUAAUGUUCGGUUUGUUUUUCAUCCAGUUUUGUUUCACAACAUAAGGAGCCACAGGUAUUAAAUGU